CAAGUGUAAAAAACAAUAACAAAUAUAGUUUAAAUAAUAACAAACGCACUCGCGGGACGCAAGGAAAGAGUCAAAGAAGAGACACAUAAAACAAACUAAAAGAACCAACCAAAAUGGCGUUCUAAAAUAGCUUGUUCUUGCUGUUUCGUUUCUCUUAUUUUGUUUUCGUUUCGUUUUCUGCUGGCGUUCUCCUUCGAUCGCCUCCGUUCAGUUUGUUCUCAACGCUCAGUGCGUCCACAACGUUACCCGAUGCACGAGGAUUUGGUGAAGCGGAGAGAACUCGUCAGCCAGUUGGGAGGCACGUUUGCCAUUAUCUGUGAUUUACCAUGGCCGAAGAGGAGCUGCAGCAGCAGCAGCAGCUGGCAAAGGAGAAGGAACACCGCCAGUUGCUGCUGGAUACACUGAUCAGACUCUGGAGUCAUUAUCUACAUGCCGCGGAGCACGAAGAAGCGAGUGUCAAGGACCACUGGCUCUGGCUGUUGCUGUAUAACUUUCAGUUCCUGGAUGAUCGGGCGCUGGAAGAAACCUGGCUCAAUAGCCACUUUAACCUAAUGCCAGAGGAGCUUUGCUCCUAUCUCCUAGAGCAGGUCUAUCAAAUCAUCAGCGAAGCCAAACGAUCGCAGGGUAGCAGCCCAGACCAGGCGCCAGAGUCAGAGACAGAGCCAGAGCAGCAGGAUAAGUGCAUCAAGCAGCUGCGUAAGCAGCAUAAUUUAGCGCAGCUUAUACUCAGCACACCCAGUGAUUGUAAUAAGAUUCUCGCCUUGCGAACAUUUCUCACCGAUAAGUUGGGUCAUCAUUUGCUGGCCUUCUUAUUGCGCGUGGAUAUCAAGCACAUUGCUUCACAGAAGAGCCUCUGUCAGCUGUGCAUCAAUCUGUUCCCAAAUUGCAAAUGGAGUGAAACAAAUCAGCCGCUGCAGCCGCUCACCGGCAUUGCUCAGUUCAUUAGCAGCUUCUACCUCAAUUCACAGAGCAAAAAGGUGGCGGCACGCCGCCAGCAGCAACAGCAGCCGCCACAAAAAUGUCAAUUAUGGAAUCACAUAUCCAGUAAAAAUAUCACAAACAUUGAGGACUUCAAAAGGGCCUCGAAAAGCAGCGAUGAACUGGCCUUACUGCUCAUCCAAUUGCUGACCCGCUGCGUGGAUGCCGAGCAAGAGUCGCAGCUGAGUGUGACAGUCCACAACUUUGCACUCGGUCAUCUAUGCGCCUCCGCCAGCGCAGAGCUCGAAGACGACGACUGCUCUCCCCGUGACAACGAUGAGAUCAUCAAAUUCGAGUUGCUUCAACUGAUUGCCCAUUGCGUAAACAACUUCUACGUCCACGAGCAGCAGCAGCCUAAUGUCCACGACUUCAACAGCAACUUCAGCCAGCUGCUGUAUGCUUUGAGGGCCAAUCAAAGAUGUCCCAUGCUGGCGCAUGGCGUGCUCUUCAUAAUGUUUGGCACACUGCACAAUCUCGUUGACAAUGGGGUCAAAGAACUCAAUCAAAUCGAUGUGCGGAACUUUGAUGCUUGCUUUGAUGUUCUGCAAGAGGCGGCAGCAACCAAAACGACCACCUCCUCCACGGCCAUCUUUUUGCACAUCUACAAGAUGCUGCUGCGUCUGACGGACAAUCUAUCAAGACAGGAGCAGCACCAGCAGUGCCUCAUGGAGAGCAGCACGUCCACGGCGCUGACCAAGCAGCAGCAGCAGCACCGCCACAAGCGACAGCGCAGCAGUCAAUUGCAUUGCCUGGGCAGCAGCUCCUUGAGCUGUUACUUCCAAUGUAAGCUGUACCAGCUGCUGCCCUCCCUGGAUUCCGAGCUCCAAGAGCAUAGUGUGAGGAGUUUGCUGCGCACUGGGAGCUGUUGCUGCCACUACAAUGCCAGAAACUAUGCCACCUGCCUGCAGCUGGCCACUCGACUGUCGAGCACAUAUCAGAAAUGCGCCUACAAAUUCCUCCACUACAACGUGCUGCACACUAUAUUUGUAAAGCGUGCGCCCCAGGGGUGUCCCAGCUGCGAGGAGAAGCUCAAAUCUCCUGGCUUCCAUCUGGAACUGCUCAACGUAUACAAGGAGAACUACAAACAACUGCUAAACACCCAAUCGAUGUUGCUGUUUCUGAAGCACCUGAAGCACAUUGCCUACCUUCUGUCCUACGACUUGGCUGCGGGUAUACUAGCUGAGGUGGCACUCCCUAUUUUCCGGCAGUACAAAGAGCGGAGAGAGAGUGAGGACAAACAGCGAAGGGACGCCUUAAAGCUGGCGCCCCUGCAGGUACCCAGCAAACUGGACAACUAUCGGGCGCUGCACGAAUGCCUUAGCAUAUUUGUGAUGUACCUGAGUGACAUUCGACUGGUUAAGGCCUUCUACAACGAGGAGAACAUACGCUAUAUGCAGGAUCUGUUGGCCAUACCCGAACUCCAGAGAGGCGUAUGCGACCUGAUUAAAGUGGGCAUCGACAAUAUCGCUUUCCUUGGGGAGAAUAGCCAGGAGCAGAUCACCCUCAGUCGAAGACUGAUCCAACUGCAGCUGAAUAGCAGCGAUCAAGCCUCGCAGCUCUUUCAGGCUCUCCUCCAAAAGUGUUCCAAGCAGACGCGCAGCAAGUUCUGGCUGGAUGAGUCUUCCGAUCCUCUACCACAGCUUGCGGGACACAAGCCGGCGGAUAUCCUGUACAUCACGGCCCUGCAAUGGACCCUGAACUUUGAACUGCUGAAAACGAGCCAAUUUUUUUAUAAUGAGUUUGCCAAAAUCUAUUCGAUACCCGUGGAAAUGCUGGACAAUGAAGAUGAUGAUGUAAUGGAGCCUCCAUCGGAGGAGCAGCCGGAGAGGAAGCUGCGGCGUGGCGAUAAAAACAUUUUCGACAUUCUCAAACUGAACCACAAUGCCCUCGGCUGCUUCCUGAUGCUGCCGAAAACCGCAAUUGGAGCGACGUCAACCACAGCCACGCCCACAGUCACACCCACUGCUGUUCAGGGGGGUAUCUGCGGCUCAAGUUCAUUGGAAACGCUUGUUUCGCAUGUCUACCAGUUGCCGCCGCUCGGCGUUAGUGCACUUUCAGUGUCGACCACGACGGCUGCCAGCUCGGACUAUGCUGAAUCUUCGCUGGACUACGCCUCAGUGAUCGAUAAUUACUCGCGGGAAUCGUCGGCCGCACCCUCGUUCUUGCAACAUCUGCAGCAAGCCAGCGAGCCGGACGAGAGCAUUGUUCUCUUUGAUAUCCACAGCCACGACCACGGAUUGGACCGGUCCAGUCCUCAGGCAGAAGAAUCUAUUGCUGCGAAUGGCCUAAUCAACAAGCUGUUUAACGUUGUGGGCUCUCUGUUUGGCGGCGUCAGCAGCUUCUCCUCCAGUGGCAGCGGAAGAUCCGACUCCCAGGAAAAUCUCAGCAUUGAAGCGGAUCUGUAUUGCCUGUACGAACCCAACGGGGAAUGCAAGAAACUCUUGCUCAAACUCUUCGAGGCAACGAUGGCCAUAUGCAUCAAGGGUUUCCAGAACGAGGAAGUGGAGAAAAUGCAAAAGCAUUUGCGAAAGCUGAAGGCCAUCAUUCUAAGCAAUGCCUCCGACAAUUGGUCAGAGCAUGGGGAGCAGCAUGCCCGGGAUAAUGCUGUUAUUCAGACCCUGCAAACGCUCCUGAAGAUUGCCGAACUCUCGAGCAACCACAACGAGCCGGCGGGCGUGGUCAGCAGCCCAUCGGCGGACUCCAAUCAGCCGCGACCACGUGCUCGCUCCUUCAACAGUGGUAGCGUGGAACUACCCAGAUUGCAAACGGUUAAGCUACCGGCCAAGAACUCUUUGGCCACGCCACCCACGCCCCGACGGCGGCCAAAUUCGAGUGAGAUCAAUGUGGGCGAUGCAGAUUACUUCUCCACGAGGGCCUCCCUUAGCUGUGCCGCCGACAGCGAGCUGGAGCUGAGCGAGAACGAGCACGAAUUCUAUCUGACGGCCGACGAGGGCUACGAGGCUGAUGGCGAGAUAGCGGACUUGAGUGAAUCCGAGUGUGAGCUGAAUGGAGGCGGUGGAAUGGCGGCCAACGAAUCGUGGACUCCGUUCCAACCUUCAUCCCGCUAUCGCACUCAUAUAAUGCACCAGGGAUUGAGUCAGUUGGUGGUUCAGAUGCUCGCAGAGCUCUCGCUGCUGUGCAUGCGGCAGCCCAAUGGAUGGACAGAAAGUCUUAUCCAGUUGGCCAAUCGGUUGUUUGUGAUCCGAGACUAUCUGGGAGGACCACUGUGUCUGCUCAAGGGAUUUGCGCCCAUCCUAAGCUGCAGUGAUCCCAGAUUGAGGGAACUGCAGCAAUCUAUACUAGAAUUGAUUACGCAUCUGAAUACCCCUGAGGUCCUGCAUUGCUAUUACUCCAUACUGGCCUCUAGGCAGCCGCCGGUGGAUCUGCUGAUGCGACACAUGCACCACAUCUCCGCGGGCACUCUACGCAAGGCACAGCCCUGCAUGGAGCUGGAAUUUCCCAUCACCACCGAUGGAAAGAUUGUGAUCACCUCGGAGCCGCUGAUCAGUGAACAGAUUGAGCGAGUGCGUCUGCAGCAUCAGCAGUGCCAGGCGAGCACUUUGUUCACCCGCGCCGCCUGCAUCUUUCCCGUGACGCAGACGAGCCUCUGGCAGCCAGAGGGCCUGACACUGUCGCUCUGGCUGGAGCUGAGGGGUCAGCAGAUACAUCGCAGCUCCAUGCAGUUCAACGACGAUGAGACGCGCUACUCUGGCGAGGAUCUAACCAAGCUGCACUUGCUCUCUCUGGGCAGCAGUCAGGCCGUGGUUAGCGUGUACAUCAGCCACAACAUGCAGCUGGUCUUCGAGCUGGUUCGCCCCAGUGAGCAGCUCUCGUCCGUGCGCGUGGAGGAACCCAUGGAGGCCUCCGCAGACACGGCAUCUUUGGUCCCUGCCAACACCUCGGCGAAUGGGGGAACGAUCCGUCAAGCCCUCAAGCAAACAAAAUUGGCUCUGCUCAACAGCUUUGGCCAGAUGCAUCUGCUCAAUGGACAUCAGGCGGCAUCGGCGAAUUCCUCGGGCGGCUACUACGAGGGCGCCUCGGUGCAGCUGCAGCAUCUGCGUCUGCCACGACACAAGUGGAUGAAUCUGGUGUUUGGGCUUCAGCAGCAGGCGGACUCCUUAGAGAUCUCCAUCUUUCUGGACGGCUUGGAGCAGCACACCAUGCAGCUGCCCUUCCCCAAUCUCCGGCAGCUAACGCGGCUGCACACGUUCCAAAUGCUGGCCCUGGGCGAGGGACAGCCUGCGCGGAGCCCCAGCAGCAGCUCCUCUUCGAGGUCCACCCUAGAUGGGUCUCUGCCACGCUAUGCUCUGUCGAAUCUUAUCCUCUUCAGGCGGCGCCUGGUAGAGCCAUCACUCAUUCUCAAUCUGACGGCCAUGGGGCCGGACUUUACGGAAUUUACGCAGUGCCAGGUGGCCAACUGGAAGCCCAACUAUGGUCACUUGAAUCUUGGCAAGCUCUUGUCCUCGAACUUUGGACUGCAUGCGGAUUGCAUGCGGCAGCUACGGCAGGCCAGAGUCCUGGUCUACACCGCCCAGCAGCCGGAUCUGGUGAUGAGCUACGAUGCCAGCCAAGAGCUGGAUAUGGCCUGCUACGGCCAACCCCAUGGACACAUGCUCUACGGCGAGCUGUUGCAGAAUCAGCCGCAAACACUGCAAUCGGCCACGGCUCUAACUGGAGGAUUAUCAACGCUGCUGUAUCUGUUUGCGAGGGUUGUGGAGCUCAGUGGAAAUGCCAAUACCCAAGCCCUGGCCUUAGAUCUACUGCUGCAGGUGGCCCACUCGGAUGCGCAGCUUUACACCGAGUUCCACCGACAGGAUUACCUGGCACUCAUCGGGUACGUGAUCAAGUCGGAGAAAUGCUGCAAGGAUGUGCAGCUGCUGCGCAGCAUCAUGAACAAUGCCUGCUCCCAGCCGCUGAUCAGCCGAAAAGGCGAUUCCCUGCACGUCAAUGACAACACAAUGGCCACUCUGGUGUAUCCACGACUAGUGCUUGCCGUGCUGCAGCGCUACUCCGACUGGCAUCGCUCGGGCGCCAUCCACUCGGAUGUGCUGGACAUGCUCUUCCGUUGCACUUUGGCCCUCACGCGAGACAAGCACCCGCAGCGUGACUUCAACAUGGAGCAGCUGCAGAAGACUGGUUUGCUAGGGGCCCUGCUUAAUUUGUGCAAGGUGUAUGUGAUUGAAUCACCCAGUCCGGUCCAAAUCUCGCCGUAUGCCGCCGAAUGCUUCGUGCAGAUACUGGCUGUGUUUGCUGGAUCCCCGCCGGCAUCCUCACUGCUCGAUGAGAUCAUGAAGCUGCUGCUGUUGCUGCACAAGCCCAGCGAGUGCUAUGUGACCCACGAUCGUGCGCACUUUUUCUUUCUGCUCACGUCCCAGCAGCCGGCCAAGGAACGCUCGCUGGUGGCAGCCAAUCUGAGUCGCGUGACCACAUCGCUGCGGCGGCAAUUGCACGUCCCGGCUCCCUCAGAGCUCGAGCCAGAGCGGGCGGAGAGAAUCAGGAGACUGCGUCGUCUGCAUGCCAGCGGAUCCGACUAUCGGCGUGCCGUAAACGAGUUCGAGGAGCAGCUGGAACACAUGGCCGACUGCUCGAAUCUGAACAAGUCCGCCCUGCGGCUCCUUAGUCCUGUGGAGGCGAGUCGGUGGCGCAUUAAGUUUAAGCGACGGCAUCCAACGAGCACCACACACAGCCCCAAACGGAGUCCCCUGAAGAUUGCCCGACGGCGCAUACAUCCGUAUCCGCAUCUGGGAAAGAUCUGGCAGCCAUCGGGCCACAGUACGCCCAGCUCGGGGCAGAUGUCAGCGCUGCCCAAUCGAAAGACGGAUUUCUACGAUCAGCCGGGGAUCAUUCGACUGCAGCAGCGUCUGCUCAUCCUGCUCAAGGACUUUCUUUGCCUGCUGCCCGACUCCGCAGUGGAUGAGGUUUUGCGCCACUAUGUGAAGCUGGAGCUGCUCCUGGUGCUGGCCAAUCAACGCAGCUGUGCCGUUCGUCAGGCUAUCAUCCAGCUGCUGCACGUCCUGACAAAACGUUUGGGCAAUGGAGAACUGGCCGCUGCCUCGAAGCUGCUGUAUCCCCUGCAUUUGGCCAAUCAGUUAACCAUCCAUGGGUGCGACAUAUCGAUGUUUGAGGCGUGUCUGGCAUGGAUAAGCGGUGUGCAUGGCAGCCUCACGGAUCUGCUCAAUUGCGAGGCUCCUUUAAGGAUACGCCAGCGCUUUGGAUUGCAGUCCUUGCUGGCCAUUGCCACGGGCACAGAGCCACAAAAAGUGUUUAAAGCUCUACAGCGUCUGUAUUUGCAGAACCCCGAUGAUCAGCUGUGUCUGAUUGAGGCUGGACUGCUUCAGUGCUCUGUCAAGGGCUUGUACAAGAUCUACUCCCUGCGUUUGGGUCCGCCGAAUGUGGAUGAGUCCAUUGUGGAUUUGUUAGUGAAUAUUGGCGAUCGUGCCCUGCGCUCGGUGGGACAGAUAAAUAUCCUUUGGGACAUUCUCAAUCUGCUGGCCUUCUAUCAGGACAAGCAGCCACAGCAGAUCAUACGCAGCUUUCGCACCGUUCAGGCCCAACUGCAGCUGGAAUGGCUGACCAAGUUGUUCGAGCCGAAUAGCUUCCGGAUACCCGCUCAGGCGGACUGCCUGCUCAGCCACACAGAGCUAAGGACACGCGUGGAACUGCUUAUCGAUCGCUGCAGUCAGUUCUUCACCGUGGGUUUGGGCCAGACCCAGACCACGGGCUCCAGCUACGUGGCCAGCUCUCAGGAGCUGGCACUUUUUCAGCUGCUCGUCUCCUAUGGCAUUUCGAGCAAUCAGCGGUGCAACAAUUUCAUUGCCUGGGGACUGCAGCCGUCGCGUCCGCGGGAUCUGCGUUCUUACAUUGUGGAUGCCCUGUGGCGGUCGCAGCAAGAUGAGUUCCAGCGCGCUAUCAUUUGCGAUGGCAAGAUGAUCAAGGCGCUGCUUUGGCUCUCCUUGCUGGAGGAUAUGGAGCAGCCCAUCGAGAACCUGCAGCGACUGUGCGAUGCGUUGGGCAUCAAGGAGAACGAUUCCUCAUGGAAUUUGGUUCACGAAUUGGAACGCCUCGAUCAGAGUCGCAACAACAUGGCGGCCAAACAGAAGACGUUGCUAGAGAAGACCGUCUAUCGGUUUGAGCCACUGGUGCAGCAUUGCGUAGAGUCCUCGAUGGUGACCACCAGGCGAAUGGUGGAGUUGCAGAACGCUGAACGCAAGCUGCUGAUGUGCCACAUGAAGGACUACGAUGACACCUAUACCUACACCAAAUGGCUGGAGAUUAUACGUCGGAUGACGCAUGAAGGAGCCCCCUGGCACUGUGCAGAGCGAGCUGAAUGCUCUUGGGAACUGGACGACACUGAGGGACCAUCGCGUGUGCACACCCGGCUGCGUCGCUGCCAUUUGGACAUUGAUCGACGCUUUUUCAUGAACGAGUAUUGCCCGGGGCAGGGACAGCGCGAGGAUUCAGAGAACUAUGUGCGCCCGCUGGACUAUCUGAUAGCUAGCUAUGAUCAGCAGCUAAACAUAUCGCUAAACUCUCAAAUUCUGUACAACUUUGCGGCCAAGUUCCUUCCCGUGGAUGGUGAGAUCGAGGGGGAGAUAAUCAUCACCGAUCUGAAGCUAUAUUUCCUGGCCACGUACCGAUGUCGUUACUUCAAUGUGAACUGUGAUAUUGCAAACAUAACAGAGAUCUGGCUGAAGCGGUACCAGCACCAGGAGACCGCCUUUGAGAUCCUGCUGGACACCAACAAGUCCCUGUUCUUCUCGCUGCAGAAUGCCGACGACUGGAAGAUAAUGCGCGAUGUAUUCUGUGAUAAAAUAGUAGCCACGCCCGAUCAAACAAAAGUCCUCGGCAUCACGCAGCAGUGGCGUGAGGGACUGCUCACCAACUGGGAAUAUCUAAUGACACUCAAUCAAAUUGCCGGACGUACUUACAACGAUCUCAUGCAGUACCCGGUCUUUCCCUGGGUACUGGCCAACUACAGCUCGGAGAUUUUGGAUCUACGAGAGACGCAGAACUUUCGACGCCUGGAACGACCCAUUGCAGUGCAGCUGGAGGAGAACGAAAAGCAUUAUAUCAGUAAUUACACGUACAUUGACAGCACCAAUACCACCAUGGGAUCACUGAUCCUCAAGCCCUACCACUACAGUUCCCAUUAUUCCAACUCUGGAACAGUGCUCCACUUCCUAGUGCGUGUGCCGCCCUUUACCAGCUACUUUCUGCGCUAUCAGGACAAUGAUUUCGAUCUACCAGAUCGCACAUUUCAUGCUCUAAACACAACCUGGCUACUGGCCAGCCGCGACAGUCCCACGGAUGUGAAGGAGCUCAUACCAGAGUUCUUUUGCCUGCCAGAGAUGUUUGAGAACUUUGAGCGCUUCAAUUUUGGGUGUCGACAAAAUGGCGAACGGGUGGAGGAUGUUUCACUGCCACCUUGGUGUCAGCGGGACUCUAGACUGUUUGUUCUCAUACAUCGACAGGCGUUGGAGUCGGAACUGGUCAGGAAUCAGUUGCAUCAUUGGAUCGACUUGAUCUAUGGCCACAAACAGAGCGGGGAGAGUGCCGUGGAGGCCAUCAAUGUCUUUCAUCCAGCGACCUACGCAGUUUUCCUUGACUCGGAGAUCAGUGAUCCCAUUGAAAGGGAGGCGGUCAAGACAAUGGUAAAGACCUAUGGUCAGAUGCCCCGGCAGCUAUUCAAGUCCGCGCAUCCAUCGACCAAGGCGCUGGACUAUUCGCUGGUGGACAAGCCCAUUGUAUCCACGGUGCGGGGUCUGCGCUGGGGCGUCUAUGUGGGUUCGCCCCAGCUGAAGCCUCCCUCCUGGGCGAACAUACACAAGAUACCCGGCACCGAACAUUUGGUGAGCUUCAGCAACACGAAUGUGGUGUACGCCUUGCCGGGACGGGCGGCUGUCAUGCAGGGAGCCGAACCGGACACAUAUAACGUGAUCUCCUGGGGCUACGACGAUCGCAUUGUGAGGAUCCAGCCGCUGAACAAACCUCAAGCGAAGCCCAAGAAUCUGCUGCACAAUGGAACCUUCGAUGACAUCACCGCCUGCGGCUGCGAUGUGAACUCCAAUCAGCUUUGGUUUGGCCACAAGUCCGGGCGGGUGAGUGUGUACAAGUGUGCCGGCGGUUUGGACACCCAGCAGCGGGCUACGGCCAAGAGUCGGCAGAGCUAUGCGCGAGGCUUUAGCCUGUCAUACAACUCUGCUUUCCGCAAGAUGACCAACAAGGGCAUGGGUUUGGUUGGAGCAGAGGAGGCGAGCGGUGGCCUACAUGCCACUCAUUCGGCUUCAUCAGUCAACUCUGCAAGCAAUUCCUCUAGCAGCGAUGGCUUGCAACGGGACGGUGCCGACUUGACCUGGCUGGGUCCCACCCUACUGGUGCGGCACACCGACGAGAUCACCUGCAUAGCCCUGUCCGUGGAGUUUAAGAUUGCUGUGACUGCAGGCCGAGAUGGGAUUGCUGUUAUCUGGGAUCUUAAUGAUUGGAGUUAUGUUCGCACGAUUGCCCGUCCGGCGGAGAUCCACCAGUCGCCCAUUACGCAUGUGGCCAUUAGUCCCACGUUGGGAGACAUUGUCACAGUGCAUACGCUGCCCCAGCAGUCCACAGGCAACGCGGAUGCACAGCCGCAGGCUGCUGUAGUGAGACCCAAUUCUCUGGCUAUAGCCGAUGAAUGUUUCGAGGUAACGGAAGAGAACCUAGAUGACUUUGUCAAUGUGAACGUCAAUCCUAAUGGCAAGUCCAUUCUACGCCUGCACUCGGUCAAUGCCCGCUAUGUGCAGCAUCUGGUGCACGAGGAUCGCAUCCUGGCCGUAUGUUACUCGUACAUUAAGGAAGGAGUGGGUGUCAAUGUGAUUGCCACCGCUGUGGAGGGCGGCUUUGUGCGUUUCUGGUCCAGUUGGAACCUCAGUUUUGUGAGUGAACUAACUACGGGCACAUCGCCCAUACGAAGCAUUAGCUAUUCGACACAUCAGCAUUUGGUGGUGCUGACACGAGAGUCCCACAUCCAGGUGUGGCAAUCCGAGGGUCUCUACGGCAAUGCUCCCAAGUUUCCACAAAUUGUCUACAAAUGAGGAAAGGAAACAAAACAGAGGAAGUAUGUAAACAAAUCAAACACCCAAAAGCAUAUCAAUGACACGACGACACAUAAAAUACAAUACUGAAAAAGCUGCUGAAUCAAAGGAAAUUUUGAGUGGAUCCAUUAAAUGUGUGCUUCAAUUGGAAAUCAAUCUUCACUUGGAUCCCAUCAAGGUCUAUACAAUAUAUCAAAAAACACUUAAGAUUCUUAGGCAUAUACAUACAUAUAAUAGGGUCUCAUAGAGCUGUAAAAUACAUUUUUUUUACGAAAACUUUUAUAACAUA